UGAGGGCCGGCGACCGAGGGUUCCCAGCAGGGUAAGUAGGCGCAGAUGCGCGCGCGUUCGACCUACGGAACUGAACGAAAGCGGAGCGGACACGAAGGUCAACCUCUGACCUAUGACGCUCUGUCUGUGUUCACGCCGGAAGCAGUUUCAUAUCGGUGCGGUCCUGUGUGAACUCCCAUGGUCUCCCUGCCCUCUACUAGCCGUACACCCGGCGUUGUCUCUCCCCGGAGGUUCUCCAGGUCAAGUGUGUACUCCGUCGGUGUCUAGAGCGAGCGUUCAUCAUGCCAUCGUGUCAUGGGCGCGCGGAAGCACUGCGGGGAGUGUUACCACGGCCACAUUGUUCUUCGCGCCAGUGAGCGCGGUCACGGUUGUGCGCUCGAACGAUCCAAAGCGCAUGCGCUCGACAGACCUAGGUCCAGCCGUUGUGAUAGAUGUCGUGAUGGUACAAGCUUGGGGGCGUAUGCAUGUACAGCGUACGGCUGCAUCUAUCGUUGUAUCGGUCCCUCGCUUAGACCGCCGCUCGAUAUCCAAAAAAAUGGAUUCAACUUACUCUUAUCGCACCUAUACUCUCAAUAGGUCACCAGUGGCUACACGACAUGCUGAAGAGUUACAGGAAACACCAGAAACGUAUAACAACAAAUUAUCCUGCGCUGUAGCAUACAUCAUCGGCCUCCCCUGCGGCCACUUUUGGACUCUGUGCGUGCGUAGCCAACCAGGACCGAAUAUGCCAAGAUACACUAUUGCGCGUACCAUGAUCCGGGACUCUAUUUAUCUUGUACCCAUAAAGCACCGACGGUUUCGCAACCAUCGUGUCCACGACCUGCGCACUGUUCUUCAAGGACAGUGAUAUUAACAUUCAGUAUUUCGCCAACGGUGAACGUUGUACCUGGGAUUGCAAGAUAUCGUGUUGCAAGAGAACCGUUGUUGCAGGCCUACAUAUGUAUGGCCACCGAUAAUUGCCAGGCCCCAAGCUCUCAAGCUCAAGGCCUCAUGUCAAGGCUUCAUGCAUGUAGGGUCAUUAAUUGCCU